AUGCGCGCGGAGCCUCCUGGGACGCGUAGUCCCGCGGCGGUGGAAAUGGAGUCGCGCGAACGCCGUGCCAGCCCUAAAUGUUUCUGCUGCCAGCCAUCCUCCUGGGCCUCCGACCAGGCAGAAUCCGGAGCUUGUGGGUGGAGGCGGAACCGGGCGGGGAGACAGGCGCUCCGCCCGACUCUCCUUGGGCAGGGGACGCUGAGGUACGGGAAGCAGGACUCUCAGAGCAGCACGAAGAGCCCCGAAACGGUGCUAGUGUUGGCCGAGGUCAGCUGCGGACCCCCCUCCCGAGGCGCUACUACGAACCCGCCCGCGCAUCCCCUCCCCUCGGUCUGGUCUCCCCGCGCCCUCUGCGCCUGCGCGCGGCGCUGCGGGUGGUGGGCGCGGACGCCCAGGCCGGUCCUCCGCGGAAGACAUUGGCCGCCGGCGGGGCCGGGCUCUGCCUCGCGCCUGUGGUGGGAGCACGUGCUGGGGGCGGGAGCAGCGGCCGCAGCUGUGGUGUCGUUACUUUGGGCAGGCGACGCAGGGGCGGCGGAGAGCGAGCGGCUGGACAGCCAUUUUUCAAACCUCAUCCACACCCAGAAGAACCUUCAUGGUGUUAGAAAUACCGCAGCCCCAGGCAUAGAUGAUUCUUUUAACAUCGAUGAAAAUGAAGAAGAUGAUAUAGUGGACUUGGCAGCUAAUUCGCUCUUAAACAAAUUAAUCCGUCAGUCAUUGGUAGAAUCCAGUCACCGAGUUGAAGUCUUACAGAAGGAUCCUAGCUCUCCACUCUAUUCAGUAAAGACAUUUGAAGAGUUGAGACUAAAAGAAGAGUUACUAAGAGGGAUCUAUGCAAUGGGAUUUAAUAGACCUUCCAAAAUCCAAGAGAUGGCACUCCCCAUGAUGCUUGCACAUCCACCCCAGAAUCUCAUAGCCCAGAGCCAGUCUGGAACAGGGAAAACAGCUGCCUUUGUCUUGGCAAUGCUAAGCAGAGUGAAUGCACUGGAACUAUUCCCACAGUGCCUCUGCCUGGAUCCUAUUUAUGAACUGGCUCUGCAAACUGGUCGUGUGGUUGAGCAGAUGGGAAAAUUCUGCUUGGACGUUCAAGUGAUGUAUGCCAUUCGAGGGAAUCGAAUUCCCAGAGGCACUGAGAUCACCAAACAGAUUGUCAUUGGGACUCCUGGGACUGUCUUAGAUUGGUGUUUUAAGAGAAAAUUAAUUGACUUGACUAAGAUCCGUGUGUUUGUCCUGGAUGAAGCUGACGUGAUGAUUGACACCCAAGGAUUCUCAGAUCAGAGUAUUCGGUCCCAAAGAGCUUUACCCUCCGAAUGUCAGAUGCUCCUCUUCUCAGCAACCUUUGAGGACUCGGUGUGGCAGUUUGCUGAACGAAUCAUUCCUGAUCCUAAUGUUAUCAAGUUGCGUAAAGAGGAGCUGACCCUGAACAACAUCAGACAGUAUUACGUGUUAUGCGAGAACAGGAAAGACAAAUACCAAGCACUGUGCAACAUUUAUGGUGGUAUCACUAUCGGCCAGGCCAUCAUCUUCUGUCAGACUCGUCGAAAUGCCAAAUGGCUGACUGUAGAAACGAUGCAGGAUGGUCACCAGGUGUCCUUGUUAAGCGGAGAGCUGACCGUGGAACAGUGGGCUUCCAUCAUCCAGAGGUUUCGAGAUGGGAAAGAGAAGGUUCUUAUGACAACCAACGUGUGUGCUCGAGGGAUUGAUGUGAAGCAGGUCACGAUUGUUGUGAAUUUCGAUCUCCCUGUCAACCAAUUAGAGGAGCCGGACUAUGAGACGUACCUCCACCGCAUAGGGCGCACAGGACGCUUUGGGAAGAAGGGCCUUGCCUUCAACAUGAUUGAAGUGGAUAAACUGCCCCUGCUGAUGAAGAUUCAGGAGCACUUCAACCAAAAUAUUAAGCAGCUGGACCCUGAAGACAUGGAUGAGAUUGAAGAGACUGAAUACUAAAGAAAGAACUUUAUUGUUUGUGAAAUAUCCUAGUUUAAGUGAGAAUGUCCCCGUGGGUUUUGAAGGUAAUUUUUUUUCAAUGUUUGAGGCUCUUUCA